AUGAUAGAUGCUAGAUCACCUGAUCCGGGGGCGGAGCUCCUGCUUCCUGUCCAAUCUGCUGAUUCUCAAAUCCAAACACAUGUUCAGCAGCAGCAGAGUGGAGGAACAGAACCACAGUGUUCUGACCAAUCAUGUGUCUCCGCAGGUCACCCCUUCAUCAUGACCGUGGGCUGCGUGGCCGGCGACGAGGAGACGUACGAUGUGUUCAAGGACCUGAUGGACCCUGUGAUCGAGGACCGCCAUGGAGGAUACAAACCCUCAGACAAACACAAGACCGACCUGAACGCAGAAAACCUGCAGGGCGGAGAUGAUCUGGACCCAAACUACGUGCUGAGCUCUCGGGUCCGGACCGGAAGGAGCAUCCGUGGCUUCUGCCUGCCGCCGCACUGCAGCCGCGGGGAACGCCGCGCCAUCGAGCAGCUCUCCAUCGAAGCUCUGGACUCUCUGGAGGGGGACCUGAAGGGGAAGUACUACGCCCUGAAGAACAUGACGGAGGAGGAGCAGCAGCAGCUCAUCGAUGACCACUUCCUGUUCGAUAAGCCCGUGUCUCCUCUGCUGCUGGCGUCCGGGAUGGCCCGCGAUUGGCCCGACGCCCGCGGCAUCUGGCAUAAUGACAACAAGACCUUCCUGGUGUGGGUGAAUGAGGAGGACCACCUGCGCGUCAUUAGCAUGCAGAAGGGAGGCAACAUGCGGGAGGUCUUCACACGCUUCUGCACCGGCCUCACCAAGAUCGAAGACCUGUUUAAGAACCGAGGACACGAGUUCAUGUGGAACGAACACCUGGGCUACGUCCUGACCUGCCCGUCCAACCUGGGGACGGGGCUGCGCGCCGGCGUCCACGUCAAGCUGCCCAACCUCAGUAAGCACGAGAAGUUCGGGGACAUCCUGAAGAGGCUGCGGCUGCAGAAGAGAGGGACAGGGGGGGUGGACACCGCGGCGGUGGGCGGAGUCUUUGACAUCUCCAACGCGGACCGUCUGGGCUUCUCUGAGGUGGAGCUGGUCCAGAUGGUGGUGGACGGGGUCAACCUGCUGGUCAACAUGGAGAAGCGACUGGAGGGCGGCGAGGACAUCGAGGACAUGAUGCCGGAGCAGAAGUGACCUGUGACCCUAACCCCUCCCCCUCCUCCUCACCUGUCACAACCCCCCCCCCCCCCCGUCCUGGACCUGCAGGACGCUUAGAGCCUCAGUUAGUCUUCCAACAUGUGAAGGAUUUUCUAUCUCCUCAUCAGAACCUGUUGGACCCGUCUAACACCUGAAAUAUCUAAUAAAGUCUCUGUGGCCCCAAA